AUGGGUUUGAAGAGGCCUAGCUCCAAGGUGGAAAACAAAGUGGCCAAGAAGCCAGCAGCAAAAGUGACAAAGGUGGCAAAGUUCAAGAAGCCAGCAGCGCAGACUGGGAAGAAGGGUAUUUUGAAGGAAAAGCAGAAGGAAAAUGAGAAGGACAAUGGUGAGGAAGGGGAGGGGGAAGAAAUGUUCACUGAUGAUGAAGUUAUACACACAGUCACAUCCAGAAACCUGAAGACACACCAGCAGCUGCUGGAUGCCAAGCUCUGCUCAGUCAAGGAAAUUGACAAGGCCCUUGCCAAACUCCCUGCAAAUGAGGUCCAGAGCUUGUGGAAGAAGUUUGAGAGGAAGACGCAGAUGGCUGGAGCUGACAGCUCCUACAACGAAGCCACCAAAGGAACUGGAAGCCAGGAGAGGAAGCACAAGCUGCUGAGGUCCUUCAUCCUUGAUGGAGGGUCCAUUGCCAAGAACUACAAGGAGGCUAUGCUGGUCUAUGAGAAAACUGAUGAGAAGGGAGCCAUGGUGAAGUUCAACACAUGGAAGCAGCAGGUGGACAAAUAUGGAAAGGCUGAAGCCAUGAGCAGGCUGAAAGCAGGAACAAUGAAGUUUCGCAAGUCACCCACAGACACAAGGUUCUUCGAGUUUGCUGAUGAAAGUGAAUAUGUCAAGUGGAAGGCCAAGAAAAGCCAGACUGUGGCUUACAAGACUGACAAACACAAGGCUGGAAAAGAUGACUGGCUCAGCAUGGAGAACCUCAACUUGGAAGAUGACUUCUUCAAUAGGCAGCUCUCUGUCAAAGAUGAUGAGGACAAGGACACGAAGAAACAGAAGGAAAAGGAAGAGGCCAAGGAGAAGAAGAACAAGUGGGAAGAGAUGAGCACUGUCAGCAAGGAUGACAACAAAAGCACCUUGCUCAAGAAGCUGCUGGCAUUCAAGGCAGAACUUUGCAAGGAUGAACGUGCCUUGCAGGAGGCAAAGUUGGAUAUGAAAGGCAAAGCUGGCUGCAAGGAUGAAUUGAAAAUCCUGAGCCCUGCCCUGACAGAAGUGCAGGCCUGCCAGAAAAAGAUAGAGAAGGCCAUCAACAGUGGAAGCAAGAAGGAAGAAAGCAAGAAGGCAUUGUUGGAGAGCUUGGCAGCCUUGGAGAAGAGAAAGAAGUGCAAGAAGUUGGUAGCAGGCAAUCACAGCACCAUGGCCAAGAGAAGGAGGAUUUUGUAUGUGAAGGGGGAGGAGACAGCAGACCCCAGGUAUGCACACUGGGUUCUGGACCCCAAUGAAGAUAGCCAGGUGCUGAUACCACCUAGUCCAGAAGUUGUGGAGAGUGAAGAAGAAGAAGGAGAAGAAGAAGAAGGGCAAGGAGAGGAGGAGAACCCUGCAAGGCAUGAGGCCGAAGGAAAACAUAGCCAAUAUGCAAGGGAAAAAAGGAAACAUGUGCCUGACCCUGGCGAUGAGAUGCAGCUCACCUUCCCUUUGGCAAUCAUGCUGCUCAACAAAUUUUGCUGGGGGAGAAUCAGUGCCUGUGAAGUGCAGCAGUAUGCUGCUGCAGCAGUGAUGAGUGGUGCAAGCGGACAGGACCUCCACACUCUGGCCAAACUUGGAGGUAGUGGUUUUGCCAAGCAAAAUUGCCACAGGGAUUUGGUCAGGGCUUUCUUUGGUGGCAUGUCUUCGCCACAGCCAGUGCAGGUGGCCACUGUGGUCAGAGUUGCUGAGGGACUUGUGCUGGAGGAAGAGAAAGAUUUACCUGUAAUAUUGCCUGAGGCAUGGGUGGACACACUGCAGAACAAGAACCUCUUGCAAGAAUUGACAUGCAGCCAGAAAACUUUGAAGGAGUUCUGGUUGAAACAGGUGGGAGCAGCUGGCCAAUUCCAUGGCUCAUCCAUGGAGAUAGUGCCCCUUACAGUGAGGUGGAUUCAUUGCUGGUUCUCUGGUGUGGCCAUCAAACAAUCUCAGCUGCUACUGACUUGCCUCCCCAAGAGUGCAGGAACUGCUUCUUCUAUGAAGCCUAUAUGGGAAGCAAUUGCUGGCAGCUUCAAGAAGAUGGCAGCAGCAGGAAAAGGAGUUCUGUUUGUGGUGGCAGGAGACUUGGAAUGGUUCUCCAGUGACUUUGGGUGGCCCACUGCCAUGAGCAACAACCCAUGCCCAUAUUGCCUUUGUGACAACUACUUGGAGGAGGAGAAGAGGGGGCGGCCAUUUACAGAUUUCAGGAAAGAUGCAACUUGGAAAUCUACUUUGCGGAGUGUGUCAGCACCACCACCAGUAUCACAUCCCUUAUUUGGAGUGCCAGGAACUUCCUUCUGGAGCAUGAAACUGGAUCUGUUGCACCUUGUAGACCUUGGAGUGGCAACCAUCGUCAAGAGCCUUCCUAUGGGAAAGAAAAGGGCCUUGGUGGAAGUCAACAAGAUGGUGGCCAUGAGAUAUGAGGAACUUGAAACCCCAGCAGGGGAAAGAAUACCCAGACUCAAUGUGUCAGACAUCUUUGGUGAUGAGUUCCCUUGCCUGAAACAUGUGAAAGGGAGGAGAGUCAGGAAAUUUGCCCCUGCGGCGACACUGUUGGCUGGAACCCUGGCUACAAACACAAAAGGAAAACACAUGGAAGCUUUUUGCAAGGCCAUGGAGGAAGCCUAUGACCUUUGUGACUUGAAGGAGUAUGUUUGGGACAAGAAGGUGGGACAGCAGUUUCAAGCGAAGACUGAAGCGUUCCUAGGACACUAUUCAUGGCUGGCAAAGAAUAGCAUGAAGAGUGCAGAAUGUAUGUGGAUCCUGGUGCAGAAGCACCACCUCCUGGCCCAUUACCCAGCACAGUGCCAAUACUUGGCACCAAGGAGCUGCUGGGCAUAUGGAGGAGAAAGCUUCAUGUCCCUGAUGGUGGCAGUUGCUGGGAGCAGUGUGAAAAGCACACCUGCAUGGAUGCUCCCUUCCAAGGUUCUAGCCAAAUUUGAAUACGCUUUUCACCUGAUGCUGGAAGGGAUUUUUAAUCCAGACCUAGAAGAAAAUGAAGAAGUGUGA